AUGCCCUUGACUGAAAAACCUCUAUCUUUGAAAGUUAACGCUUGUCUUUUCGACGUUGACGGUACCAUCAUCAUCUCCCAACCAGCUAUCGCUGAUUUCUGGAGAGAAUUCGGUAAGGACAAGCCUUACUUCGACUCCCAAUACGUCAUCAACAUCUCUCACGGUUGGAGAACUUACGACGCUUUCGCUAAGUUCGCUCCAGACUACGCUGAUGAAGAAUACGCUACCAAGGUGGAAGCUGAAAUCCCAGACAAAUACGGUCAAAGUGCCAUCGAAGUCGCCGGUGCUAAGAAGUUGUGUAACGCUUUGAACGCUUUGCCAAAGGAAAAAUGGGCCGUUGCUACUUCCGGUUCCAAGAUCAUGGCCCGUAAGUGGUUCGACAUCCUAGGUAUCAAGAAGCCAAGUCUUUUCAUCACUGCUAACGACGUCAAGCAAGGUAAGCCACAUCCAGAACCUUACUUGAAGGGUCGUGACGGUCUAGGUUUCCCAAUCAACAAGGAACACCCAGAAAAAUCCAAGGCUGUUGUCUUUGAAGAUGCUCCAGCUGGUAUUGCCGCCGGUAAGGCCGCAGGUGCCAAGAUUAUCGGUAUCCAAUCUACCUUCCCAUUGGAAUUCUUGAUCGAAAAGGGUUGUGACAUCAUUGUCAAGGACCACAACAGUAUCGAAAUCGGUGGUUACGACGAAAAGACUGACGAAGUUGAAUUGGUUUUCAAGGACUACUUGUAUGCUAAGGAUGAUCUAUUGAAAUGGUAA